UCAUUCCCGCGCAGCCCCUUCCAGCGUUGUCCUUGGGAGAGGAAGAGGGACGAGAAGAACCCAUGGAACGGAACCCGUGGAAUUACCCAGGUUUUGAGUUAAGAAAGACUCACCUGGGUUCGAACUUUAUGCUUCAGCUAGCUAAGACAAACUAGUGAGGUAGCUCGGCACUUUUUCCGAUUUUGUAAUUUUAGAGAUAAUGCCUACCUUUUAAGUUGUGGGGUUUAAGUGAGACAGUGUAUGUGGAGCGCUUGCUUUUGGAUUUAAAAAUCAUAUUCGUGAUUCGGCGGCCUUUUCCCGUCAUACUCAGGCGUGUACCUGCGGUUGUCUUCUCAGUAUCUCUGAGAGAGAUGCUUCCUAUGCAAGAAGUCAUGCAUCUAACGAGAGCAUUAUGCAGUUUUAGCUGGGAUCAGUGUCUUUAUUUUGUAUUACGAAGUCCUGACAAUAUUUUGUCCCCCCGCUUUUAUUUGCCAUUUCCAGGGACAGCUAUUUUCCAGUUUUUCUGGAGAAAUGCAAAGUCGUCUUUUCUUAAGGCAAAUGAGCAUUCCAAAAGGUUUGGGCUACCUGAUCAUUAUGGCACCAAGAAACCUCUUGUGUAUGAGAAGUAACUUUCUCUUUGGUUCAAGAUGUUGGAUGAUCCGAUUUUCAGCAGAAAUGCUCUUUAAGUCAGUUUCAUUUAGGCUUUUUCGUGUGAAGUAUGAUAAUACAGACACUGAGCCUUUGGAGAAUGAAAAACUACUGAAUAACUUACUUACUAUGGGAGUAGAUGUUGACAUGGCGAAGAAACGACAGCCUGGAGUUUUCAAUAGGGUAGGUACUAACGAGCAGGACUUGAAGAUGUUUCUUCUGUCCAAAGGCGCUAAAGAAGAAGUGAUUGCUAGCAUCAUAUCAAGAUAUCCACGAGCUAUAACACGCACACCUGAAAGUCUCUCAAAACGGUGGGAUCUGUGGAGAAAAAUUAUGACAUCAGACCUUGAAAUUGUGAAUAUUUUGGAACGUUCUCCUGAAUCCUUUUUUCGGUCCAAUAACAACCUAAACUUAGAGAAUAAUAUAAAGUUCCUAUACUCAGUUGGACUGACCCAUAAAUGCCUUUGUCGAUUGCUGACCAAUGCCCCACGUACCUUCUCCAAUAGUCUUGAUCUGAAUAAACAGAUGGUUGAACUUUUGCAAGAAGUCUGUUUGUCCUUGGGUCACAAUGAUCCCACAGAUUUUGUCAGGAAGAUAAUUUUGAAAAACCCCUUCAUCUUAAGUCAGAGCACCAAACGAGUGAAAGCUAACAUUGAGUUUUUACAGUCAACGUUCAGCUUGAACAAUGAGGAGCUGCUUGUUCUGAUAUGUGGUCCAGGAGCUGAAAUCCUAGACCUUUCCAAUUAUUAUGCCAAAAGGAACUAUACAAAUAUCAAAGAGAAGCUGUUUUCUCUUGGGUGUACUGAAGAAGAGGUACAGAAGUUUGUCUUAAGCUAUCCAGAUUUGAUCUUCUUGGGAGAGAAAAAGUUUAAUGAUAAAAUAGACUGCCUCAUAGAAGAAAAAAUUACCAUCUCACACAUAAUUGAAAAUCCUCGGAUUUUGGAUUCAAGCAUAAAUACUUUAAAAAGUCGAAUCAAAGAAUUGGUAAAUGCUGGCUAUAACUUGAGUACAUCAAGUAUCACUCUUCUGUCUUGGAGUCAAAAAAGAUAUAAAGCUAAACUGAAAAAGUUAAACAUUGGAUAGAACAUUGCU